UACCCAACGCAUAAAGUCAAUCGUCUACUCGAGCCUGGGCCUGUGGUCCUCGUCACAACGGGGUCUCUGGCCGAUCGGACGCACAACAUCAUGACAAUGGGCUUUCACAUGAUGAUCCAGCAUGAGGAGCCAACACUGAUCGGCGCAUGUAUUGGCCCGUGGGACAAGAGCUUCGAUAGCCUGAAGAGAACCGGCCAAUGCGUGCUUGCAGUACCGGCAGCGGAGAUCCUGCAGCAGGUAGUUGAUAUUGGCAACUGCAGUGGCGAAACAGUUGAUAAGUGGAAGACAUUCAAAAUGAUCCCGCCAGAUAAGACGGCGCAUGCGCCUCUGGUUGGUGGGGAAUAUAUCAUGGCCAACAUCCAAUGUGUAGUUCAUGAUCGAGCAUUGGUGGCAACUUACAAUCUGUGGGUACUGCGGGUGGUGCGCGCAUGGGUCAACAGAGACCUCGACUUGGAUUAUGGACAAUGCAAUGAGCAAUCAAUGGAGAGCGGUGGUGUUGGUGGUGGCGGGAAGAGGCAGAUGAGGAUGGUGCACCAUCGUGGGGACGGAAGAUUCGUGGUGGAUGGAGCGGAGUUUGACCUGAGACACAGGAUG